AUGCGGGCCACGAAGAAGGCAAUCUGUUGGAGACUUUUUCUAUGUUCCUGCCUGUUUUUGGAGAGUUCUUCUCAAGACUUUGGCGGACAGACACAGUUCAUUUGCACGUCCGUACCCAAGGAUAUGGACAUAUGCGCAGCCACCUUGCAGAACAGCGUGCCAGGGGAGGACUUGAAGACCACUGUUAUGCAGCUGCGGGAGACAGUUUUGCAGCAGAAGGAGACGAUCAUGAACCAAAAAGAGACGAUCAGAGAACUCACCUCAAAGUUGGCUCGGUGUGAGAGCCAGAGCGGCGCCGAGCCUGGGGACGCGCGGCCAGGGGGCAGGAAGAAAGAAGCUGGGACCAAAAACACAAUGGGGGACGUAUCGAGGGGCCCCGCUGACACUUUGACGCAACUGUCACAGACUUUACAGUCGCUGAAGCAGAGACUAGAAAAUUUGGAGCAAUUCAGCAGAAGUAACAACUCGGUGCAAGCGAACAGCCUCAAAGACCUGCUCCAAAGUAAAAUCGAUGACUUGGAGAAGCAGGUGUUGUCCCGGGUGAACAGCAUCGAAGAGGGCAAGCCCGGACUCAGGAAUGAGACAGAGCAGCGUGGGAGAGUGGAGUCCACCCUCACAUCGCUACAUCAGAGGAUCACCGACCUGGAGAAAGGUCAAAGAGAAAACAGGCCCCUGGAUAAAUUCCAGCUCACGUUCCCACUGAGAACAAACUACAUGUACGCAAAGGUGAAGAAGAGUUUGCCGGAGAUGUACGCCCUCACCGUGUGCAUGUGGCUUAAGUCCAAUGCAUCUCCUGGAGUGGGCACACCUUUCUCCUACGCAGUUCCCGGUCAAGCCAACGAGCUGGUCCUCAUCGAGUGGGGAAACAACCCAAUGGAGAUACUAAUAAAUGACAAGGUUGCAAAGCUGCCAUUUCUUAUCAAUGACGGAAAGUGGCAUCACAUCUGUGUGACCUGGACAACUCGUGAUGGUGUUUGGGAAGCUUUCCAAGAUGGUGUUAAGAGAGGGAGUGGAGAAAAUCUGGCUCCAUAUCAUCCAAUCAAACCACAGGGCCUGCUGAUCCUCGGUCAAGAGCAGGACACACUCGGAGGAGGAUUUGAUGCCACUCAAGCUUUUGUUGGAGACCUGGCAAAUUUUCACAUCUGGGAUCGGAAACUAUCUGUCGGAGAGAUUUAUAAUCUAGCAACUUGCAGCAGCAAAGCGCAAGUGGGCAACGUUUUUGCAUGGAUGGAGACGAGCCUUGAUAUUUACGGGGGUGCCUCGAAGUGGACAUUUGAAGCUUGUCGCCAGCUCAACUGAACUUGCAGGGAAAGGAAGAUCA